GUCAGGGUCCGUCCUGAAAAUAGGCCAGAGCAAACUCAAGUGGGUCAGCUUUAUUGAAAAACGCCCUAACCAAAGUAGUGGUUAAAUGCAGCACUGUGUGCCGUACUGAGAUGUAGGGUCGGUCCCUGAGUUGGUUUCCGGUCUGAUCGAUCAGAGGAUUUGGGACCUGUUUUUUUUUAAAUGAUGACUUUCGCCAUGCUGCGGCCUGUGGCGACACAUGUGAUCUACUCAGACUUCACUGUCACGUCCGAGGAUGAUGAGAACCGCAGCGAGAGCGACGGCAGCUCGGAGCAGAGCUACUGCGGCUCCACCGAGAAACGAAGACGGAUUUCGCGCAAUCUGGAAGGAGAAACUGUGGUGGUCAUGAAGCAGAGGAGCGCAGCUAACGCCCGGGAGAGAGGAAGGACCCAGAGCGUCAACACGGCUUUCACAGCUCUCCGGACUCUCAUACCCACCGAGCCGGUGGACAGAAAGCUCUCCAAAAUCGAAACUCUUCGACUGGCAUCCAGCUACAUCUCCCAUCUGGCCAACGUGCUUCUCCUCGGGGACGGCGGCGCGGACGAGCAGCCCUGCCUCGGCGCGGUUCAUGCGCAGGGAGAGAGCGGGGCGCAGCAGCCGAGGGCCAUCUGCACCUUCUGUUUGAGCAAUCAGAGGAAAGGGAUAAAGGAUGGGAAAGACUGUUUAAAGAUGCGAGGGCUGGGUCCACUGCGAAUGAGACGUUGACUGAAGACCAGUGAAUGAUCAGCAGCCUGAAAAUCCUCAAAGACUUUCUCAGGGAAGAGUCAACGCUGGUGUUACACAACACACACACACACACACACACACACACACACACACACACACACACACAGACACAUGCUGGAUCAAAUGAUGGAAUCAAAGAAGAGACUAUUUAUACUUGACUGAGAGUUUUAAGCAUAAGCCUUUCAAAGAUGCAGUGCAUUUGUUUUGAAACUUAUGAUUUUUUUUGUCCUUUUUUCCCUCAC